UCCAUAGGAAGAAGUUUACUGGAAUCGAAUACACACAGAUUACCAACCAAUCUGGCGAACGGUUUAUACAGAUAUUUACGGAUGAAACUUAUUUUAUAAUAUAUCGUGUUAUUAAAAAUAAACGUUAUAAAAAAACAUGUACCACAUAAUAAUUGGGUGUUCACUUCAAAAGAAUCGGAGCAAAGAUGGACUCCUAAGAAAUUUUUAUACAUAGCAGUCAUUCGACUUUGGAUUUUCUUCGUUAAAUUUCCUUGAAACGUUCGAGAUUAUUCUUAUAUGACCAAGCCUACCGUGUGAACAAUGAUCGUACAGGAGCCAGUGCAGGCAGCCAUAUGGCAUUGUUUAAAUCAUUAUGCUUAUCCAGAUGCAAUAUUUUUAGCAGAAAGAUUGUGCGCGGAAGUUGACACAGAAGAAACUUUAUUCCUUUUGGCAACAUGUUAUUAUCGUUCGGGACAAGUUAGACAAGCGUAUGCGUUGCUUUCAAAAAAAGCUCCAAGCUCCGCGCAAUGCAGAUUCCUUUUGGCCAAGUGUUGUUACGAUUUAGAAAAAUAUGCAGAAGCAGAAGCGGCGAUAAUAGGGGGAUAUUAUAAACAGUUGAAAAAUUUAGAAGAAAUUGUAACUCAGUUUGGUGAACACGCAUGUUUUUCACUUCAGAUCAUAGCUAAGAUUUAUUACAAAAUGAUGCGUACUACGAAAGGAAAUGAUGCACAUAAAUUGGCUUUAAAACUGAAUCCAUUUCUGUGGCAUUCGUUUGAAGAAUUAUGCAAUGUUGGCGAAGUUGUAGAACCUGCAAAAGUUUUUCAACUAGAUAAAUUAGAUAAUUUUACAAUGUGCCAUGGUAGUGUAUCUGUUCCCCCCUAUGCCUCGGACUCUGAUCUCAUUGUACCUACGAACAAUUUAAGUGGUACACCUACUAUGAAUGGCAUCAGUGUUACACCUGCACAAAUGACAACAGCGUCAACUGUUAUGAAUGGCAUAGGACCUACUGUACGAUUAUACUCAUCUGUAGAUGAAAGUCCCCAAAAUCAACCUACACAUUACAGUAAUUGUUCCUCGAUAUCACCAAGAGCUAAACUUCCACGGUACCGUAGUAUGUUCAAUAAUACCAUGAGUCCUCUUACUCCGAGUUUUGGCAUUUUACCAUUAGAAAGUAAUACACCUGAGCCAACGGUGUUACCAUCGCAUACCACACUUACAGAAGCUAACGAUCAGAAAAGUUUAGUAAAACGCGUCAGUAGUUUAAGAGCUCACGUGGGGCAGUUGAUGUCAAGGAAAGAAACACCAUUACAACAAGGGAAGCCAGUAUUUUCACAGUCAGGAAAUACAAGUAAUAGUGCAAAUAUUGUGACGGUGACGCCCACUACACCAACACCGGCACCACCAACGUUACAAGGUACCAAUGUUAGGCGUUCAUCAAGGCUGUUUAGUCAUAGCUAUUCAGUCAAGGAAAACAAUAAGUCUCCAAAUAGAAAUAAAUUUGCUACGCCUAAAUCUCCAUCUCGGAAAACAAAAGCUAGACUCUCAAAGACUAAUUUAAGUAAAGCCAAUUUGAAUGAAUUAAAUGAAAGAAACCGAAACGAGAAAGAAAAAUCGGAAACUAUUACAUCGGAAAAAGCUGUAGCUAAUGUAAAUGCACUGAACAAUCAAAGUAAUGCCAAUUUCUGUGCUGUAACACUCCAGAAACAAUGUGCUGAAGGUUUAAUGUCACUGCUUCGUGAACUAGGAUUGGCAUAUCAAUACUUAAGUCAGUACAAAUGUGCUCAAGCAGUUGAGAUAUUAGGUAUUCUCCCAGCACAACAUUAUAACACAGGAUGGGUAUUAUCGAUGUUAGCUCGUGCACACUUCGAAAUGAGUGAUUAUAAAAAGGCAGCUGGUUAUUUUGCAGAGGUAAGGCAGUUGGAACCUCAGAGGACUGAACUCAUGGAAAUUUAUAGUACAGUACUAUGGCAUUUACAUGCUGAAGUUCAGCUCUCUACUCUUGCACAAGAACUCGUUUCCGAAGAUCGCAAUUCGCCGGCUGCAUGGUGUGCUACCGGAAACUUAUUUUCCGCGCAAACGGAACAUGAAACAGCAAUCAAGUUCUUUCAAAGAGCUAUUCAGGUGGAUCCGAAUUUUCCAUAUGCCUAUACACUUCUUGGUCAUGAGUAUGUAACGACAGAAGAAUUGGAUAAGGCUAUAACCGCAUUUCGUAGCGCCAUCAGGCUUGACUCACGGCAUUAUAAUGCAUGGUUUGGAUUAGGAACAAUAUUUUCUAAACAAGAACAGUAUAGUCUGGCGGAGUUGCAUUUUAAACGUGCUUUACAAAUUAAUCCGCAGAACUCUGCGAUAAUGUGCCACAUUGGUGUUGUACAAAAUGCACUGAAGAAAACUGACCAAGCUUUAAAGACUUUGAAUGCUGCUAUCGCGAACGAUCCCGACAAUACUUUAUGCAAGUUUCAUCGUGCAAGCAUUAAUUUCUCAAUUGGUCGGCACGCAGAAGCGCUUAGCGAAUUCGAGGAAUUGAAAAAUAUUGUACCCAAAGAAUCUCUAGUCUAUUAUUCGAUAGGAAAAGUACAUAAAAAGUUGGGUAAUACGCAUCUCGCGUUAAUGUACUUUAGUUGGGCGUCGGAUUUAGAUCCAAAGGGUGUCAACAGUCAAAUCAAAGAAGCUAUAUUAAAUCCAGGUCAAGGAGACGAAGAAUCUCCGGCCACGCAGUCAGACGAGCAGCAGGCGCAAAAUAACUCAAUGGAACAAGAGAUUGAAAAUAACAGAGAAGGAAGUGUCGUAAGCCCUGCCGGAAACGUCUCGGUCGAAGCUCACGCUGACGACAGCGACGAUAGUUUAUGAAGAUAUCCUGUUGGCUGCAAGAUUGCUACAGAAUGAAGCGUCACCGUGCGUGUCACUAUUUAUCUUUUCUAUUGAUCGGGUCUGAUCAAUUACUUUUCAAAAACUGACGUAGCUCAUUCUGGAAUUCAUACUUCCGUGCACUCAUCGAUUUCAUCUAAGCAGUGCUUUGUUAUCAAACUUUUAAUAUUUAUAAUAUUUUCCUUAGUCUCGUAGUACCGCGUCCCUUGAGGUAACUAAAAAGCAAAAAAAUGCAGAGCAUUGUCUAUCCGUGUUCUGGAUCGUGACACUUAUUUUUCUUUUUCGUAUCCGCUUUGAAACGGUACACGUUUCAAGUAAUCGAUAAACUCCGGAUAAAGAGCGAGAGGGAGGGAGAGAGUGAAAGCGAGAAAAUGACCGAGAAAGUGGGAGAAGGGAGCGAGAGAAAAAUUCCGCAAUAUCUAUUUUAUCGAUUUGUACAUUACGCGUUUUCCUCUGUAUAUUUUUUACAAUUACUCAUCUUACUUUUUUUUAUAGAUAUAUAGAAUACAUUCGAGCGUUUGAUUAUUUUCGUUUAAGAGUUUACGGCUGAGUACAGACUGUAUCGCGUUUGAAGGAUGGGCGAGUGUAAACAUAAGCAUGCCGUAUGUAGAUAGGAAAUAUAAUUAAUUAACUGAG